CUGGGGGGUGGGAGGAAGCCAGAGAAUUUGAAGAAAACCCACGCAGGCACAGGGAGAACAUGCAAGAAAGGCACAGUCGGUUGGUGGAUUCAAAUCCAGAACCUUCUUGAUGUGAGGAAUCAAUGCUAACCACCACACCACUGUACCACUGACUUAUCUGUUACCUAUGGUAAAAAAAGAAGGGAGAAUAGAAGAAAUCCUACAUCUUGAUAACACCUGCAUUGGACAGAAUCCAUAGAUAUUUGAAAGAUGAUGACGGACCAACUUGGCAAUAAUUAACUUGUUGCAGAAAGUGUAAAUCUUUUCCAGGCCACUUGUUUUGCCAGGAUGUUUUAGAGCUUGUGAACUUUGGUAUGCUGUAGCUAAUUCAGGUGCUAGUCACAAGGUUGGAAACAAAGGUCACAUAAUGUUCUGUCUCUGCCUGCCACAAAUAUUCAAGAUGCUGAAAACACCGGUCGUGUUCCUCCUCUUCUGUCUUGUCGGGGCUGCCAGUGCCUUGUACAAACAAUGGAUUUCUGACACCAAUUAUGAGAAUAAAACCAACUGGGACAAAGGAGAAGUUCCAUGUGGCAGUGACACUGUUCAGUUUUCAAGUCAAAGAGAAGUAUCUGUGUUUGUUGAGACGGCACAUGCUGUGCAGGAGAUGAGUUUGCCACUUGAAGGAGAGUUCAUCCUGAAUUCAGGGGCUGGAUUUUAUGUUGGACAAGACCCAGGCUGUGGAGAAGGUGUCACAACCCAGUUCAAAGACUCAGAGUCACUUCACUGGUUCAAUCCAGCUCUGUGGCAGGCAGCAGCAACUCUGAAUGAUCUGCAGCAGGGUAACUUUCUCUUUUCAGUCCAUGAGGAGAGUGUCCCUUGCCAGUAUGAUGAUGUUGUUUUUAAAGCCCUGUCCUCAUUUAGAGUGGACACCAGCUCCAGUCAGACUAACAUUCCUGUCAAAUCUGUGUCAGUUUUGGGGAAAAUGUUUGAUCAAAGACCUGAGUUCUCUCAGUAUCUCAGCUCACGCUCUGGCCGACUGCAGUUUCAUGGAUCCUCUGCUGUCACCGUUGGAAACCCAAGCUGUGAGGAUCCUUCUGGCUGUGACUGCGGGAAUUCUGUAAACCAUCAGCAGAUCUGUAGCACAAUAACAUGUACACCUACCAGUUGUAAGAAAUCUCUCCUCCCUGUAGGACACUGCUGUGAGGUGUGUGGUGCUAUUGUUAGCAUCCGUUAUACCACGGGAUUCAAUCUGCAGACUUACAGGGAGCGAAUUCGUCAUCUUUUUCUCAUCCAGCCACAAUACAAAUCCAUUCAGCUCGGCAUGUCUAAAGUCUUUAAGUCACAGCGGCUGAUGGGGAUCAUACCUUUUGGUACAUCACCUGAGAUCCAGGUAGUUAUUCUGGAUGGAGAGGAGGAAGCGCAGUCAGAGGCUCUAGCCCGGGCCAUAGUAAAGGAUGCCAGCUCUCAUGGCUCUGUGCUGGGAAUCACAGAGGCUAAAUUUCAAGUCUCAUCUGGGAGUAGCAGUGAGGACUCUGGAGGCAAUGUAGGGAUGGUGGUUGGAGUUGUUGUUGGAGUUUUACUUAUGAUUGCACUCGUUAGUAUCAUGGUUGUUCUAGUUCUUAAAGGAGUUGUUCAAAUUCCGUCUAUGUCAUUUGUGAGAAUGUGGAUGAACAAAAGCGAAAUUGGUGACCUCGGUGGGCCUCUUGACCGUGGGUUUGAUAAUCCAAUGUUUGACAAGCCCAUCCAGUUGCCUGAUGUUGGUUUAUAUGGUUCUGAAAUUAAUCAUUCAGUCCACAUAACUCAGACAGGUGUGCACUUUGUAAAUCCAGCCUAUGAUGAAAACGAAACUGAUUUUAAUGCCUGAAACUGAACUUUUAAAUAAAUGAACAAUACCGUACAUCCACUUAAGGUUUUAUAAUAACUGAAUAAUGUAAGCUUUGAAUUGCUAUGAGACACUGCAUGUCAACAAUACGCACUUAAAUGAAGGAAUUAUUGGCACUCAACAGUGUUUUCCCCCUCAUUCAAAUCAAAUUCACAAGCAAUAAAACAACACAGCUGCAGUAAAUUCCUGACACGCCUUGUUCUGUCACGUUUCUUAAAUUCAUGAUGAAUGUUCAACACUAGAUUGUAGUGAAUUUAACCUUAAUUAACAUGUAUGUGAAAAAUCCUUAUCUUUAUGUAACUGGUCAUGUGACGUCAAUCAGCAUUUAUCAUGCAGUACUUCUUCAGACUUAAUUGUCUAUGUGUUGACUGUGUUUAUAUGUUUUCUAUAAUUGUACAAUAAAUGGCACUGACAUUGGC